CCUUUGAGCCUGUUUCCCUACUGGGAAAUCACUUUCCUGUCGCCUCAGCCAGAGGUUUUCCGCCCCUCCUUCACCGCCCCUCCCCCCGCUCCGGAGAGACCUUGCCAGGUUCCACUUGUGUUAGUCUUCACCGUGUACUUGUCUGCUCAGAUUGUAAGCUCCCUGGGGUCAGGAUCCACGCCUUUUAAAAUGUUUUCCUAGCUUCUAUCAGCGAGCUUUACCCAGAGGAGGCGUCUGCAAAGUGUCUGUUAAGUGAAUGAACGAUUUUGUAAAUGUCGCCCAAGAAGAGUUUAGAGGAAAAAUAGAAGGCGAGAGCUUUUUUUCCCCUUUUCCUUUCCUCCCUUCCGUGGCUCACUUUGUUGUGUGGCAGACGCUGCGCAGACGGUGGAAAUACUGUGGUAAGGGAGAACCAAGCUGCCCGCGGUGCCUGCCUUCCAGUAGGCAACAGUUUCGUGGGGGAAAAGGCAGCUGCUAAUUACAGGAUCGGUACACGGUGAACGGAACGUGAUAACCCGUUAGACAGGCUGCUAUGGCAGGGGGAGUUAAACAAGGGAUGAAUGAGCUACACAAUCUGAAAGAUAAGUGUUAAUUGGGGGAAAUAAGGGGUGGGCACAGUGAAGCACUUGCAUGAAGGGAAACAGCACGUGCCAUGGUCCUGUGGCUGGAGAGACCCUUACCUGAGAACUGGAAGAAGACAAAUGGAGCCCAGGAUUUUGCUAUAAACGAAAUAGCCGCAAGGAACCUCUUGAGGUCGCCAGUAUAGAUAGCACCGCCGCAAGCAGCAGCCAUGCCGGCAGAAGGAGGGAAGACGGAUAUGGAGAGGAUUGGCCUCUUCAGCGAGAUGGAGUAUGUUACUGUUGGUGAUAAAUAUGUGUCCUCAUUUAAUCGACCCUUUAAUGACGCUGCAAGCAAAAAUAAACAGAUGCUACCUGGGGGAUCCAAAGCAAUGUCAAAUCUCCAGGCAGGUUAUUUUGAUCCCCAUUUUGUAAGGAUAUUUGAAGGUGAAGGCUAUGUAAAUCUGAAUCAAGUGAGGAGACGGCAUAUGAUGGAAGAAGCCAAAAAAAACCUAGGCAAAGCCUUCCUCCCUAGUAAUGGAGAUAAAAAGCCAUGUGGGUUAGGAACCUACUAUGGCACAAUAGGCGGUCCGGUGCCAUUCUUCAGCACACAGUUGAAACCCAGAGACAAGUAUGAGGUACCUGGAAAGAAUUUAUACACAAACCCGGGAAAGAAAGGAACAGGAUAUGGCUAUGCAAAUAUUACCAUAGGUAAACAGUUUUCACACUCUGCUGAUUUCUAUGAUGCACCCAAACUAAAUUUUAAGAAGGAGAAUGAAGAACACCAUCUUUUAGUUAAAGGAACACCUUUCAAAUCAAAUCUUUACCCAAGGGAAUAUUUUGACACGAAUCCUUAUUUGUUUGAGAAAGCUUUACCACCAAUUAAAAAAACAGAGAAGAAAGAAUUACUUGCACAGCCCUUUAAACCUUCUUCUCCUGGUAAAAAGGCUGGUGGAAUGAAGGCAGGAACAUUUGAUCCUUACCCUUCACAUUCUGCUGACCCUUAUGUGGUUAAAUUGGCAAGCCAGACUUCCAGCAAAGGUGCUAAGAUUUUCUAUCCACCAAGUGGACCAAAGAGCAGACCAACUAAAAGUAUAAUGACUUUGAAUGUCAAAAGGGCACUAAAUACGAAGAACUACAAGACUGCUUCAGUACAGUCCUGUUAGCAUCUGGAAGACAAAUAGCUUUCCAGGUCCUGACUACGAGUAAUUCAUUAUCAAGUGCUAAUUAUUUGAGAAUAACAUAAGAUAUGGAACAGGUGUCUCAGGCAUUUAAGAUAUUUAAGCCUGCAACUCUAAUA